UUUUAUUUUCUUAAACGCUACUAUUUAAUUAUUUAAUUUUAGCGCCACGUAUAAAAGUAACCUUUUUCACACUUCUGUCGUCGUUAGCAAAAACGAAUGCUUUGCCGCCACAUUGAAGCCCUCCUCCGGCUGCCGAAACUCUCCGCCGCGCUACUUUCCCAGCUCCACUGUUUCCUCCUCAAAACCCCAAUUGACCACCAUGGCUACUUCUCUGAUCGUAUCCUCUCCAUCGAUUCCUCCGCCUCCGCCUCCCUCCACCACGCGCGCAAGCUGUUCGACUCUUCGGCGAUUGCGCCGUCGCCGGUUUUUCCGUGGAACACGCUAAUCAAAGCGUAUUUGAAAAGUUCUGCUGCGGUAGAGUCCGUCAAGCUCUUUGUGGAAUUCCUUCGCGUGUAUGCUGAUCUCAGACCUGAUAAUUUUACUUAUCCAGCAGUUAUCAAGGCGUGCGGGCGGUGUUCUAUGCUUGGCGUCGGUGGAUCGGUGCAUUCGAUGGUUUUCAAGGCAGGUUUUGGCUUGAAUUCGCAUGUGAAUAAUACUCUCUUAACUAUGUACGGCGACUGCGGUGUCGUUGAGUUUUCCAGGAAAGUGUUCGACGAAAUGCGCGAGAGAGAUCUGGUGUCUUGGAGUUCGAUGAUCGCUGUUUAUGUUGAUUGCAAACGUGAUUUGGAAGGCUUGAAGAUAUUUAAGGAGAUGAUCACAGUACAUGUGAAGCCAAACUUUGUAACUUUUGUUACUUUGGUUGCUUCUUGUACGAACCUCCUCAACAUUCAGCUAGGAAAAGCAAUUCAUGCAUAUAUGCUUGUUUAUGGUGUUGAGUUCAAUGUUAUCUUGGGCACAGCACUCUUAAAUAUGUAUGCAAAAUUUGGUCAUUUAGAGGAAGCCUCCUGCAUUUUUCAUUCCCUCAGUGAGAAAAAUCUGCAAUCUUGGACAGUUAUGAUUUCAUGUCUUGCAUACUGUGGCCGCGGAGAAGAAGCACUAUCUUUGUUUAAAAGAAUGGAAGUUUCAGGCUUGAGACCUGACAGCAUGUCAUUUUCGGCAAUACUUUCUGCUUGCAGUCAUGGAGGUCUUCUGGAUAAAGGCCGUGAGCUCUUUAAGAAAAUGGUGAAUGUCUACAAUAUCAAUCCCACAAUGGAGCAUUAUGGAUGUAUGGUUGACUUACUUGGCCGAGCGGGAAAGAUUGAUGAAGCUUAUCACUUGAUUAAGAGCAUGCCGAUGAAGCCGAACUGUGUCAUUUUAAGGAGCUACAUCAGUGCUUGUAAGCGUAACAGCCGUGCUCUUUAUGCUGACAGAUAUUUGAUGCAACUUCUUCUUGAGAUAGAGCCCAACCUCGGAUCCAACCACGUACUUGCUGCGAGUGUGUCCUCCGUGACUGGGUUCUGGGAAGACAUGGAUAGAAUGAGACAUGACAUGAAGAGAAAAGGGUUGAAGAAAGGUGCCGGUUGCAGCUGGAUUUGAAGAAAUGAUCAAUUUUCUUGCCUUUGGGAUUUGCUCUGGUGAAUGCGGAUGCUUUUGGUAUGGCAUUGGCGCGUAAAGUAAUUCUUUCUUCUUGCGGAUGCUUUUGGUAUGACAUUAGCAGGAAUGUGUGCUGCGUAUCAUGACAGUGCAAUUUGAUUUAUCCGAAUGGAUGUUGAUUUACUCUGGACUUGUUAUUUUCGUUAGGGGGAGGGAGCUAUGAGUUAAAGGUGGUUGCAGCUGGAAGUGGGUGCAUACAGUUGGAUGAUGUAUCUAAUCCUACAACUAUAAUCCAAGAAAUGGCUGGUUCUCGACCUGAAGCAUAUAUAUACACUGCUCGCCGUGUAGAAACCCCUUCAUCUCUUCGCCGCCGCUGUCGUUGUAAUCUUCUGAGAAGAUUCCGGCGGCGGCGGGGGCAACACGGCUUUGACGAUCAUUAGAGUAGAUGGAGUAGAGCACCAGAUAGGCGGCGACUCCCAAG